AUGGCUGCCUCUACCGCGGAUCCCAAGGCUGCGCCGCUUGCUGACGAUCUUAAAGAAUAUGCGCUAACACUUGCGCCAUCCUCUUUCCCCAAAAACUUCUUCUGUGCGAGCUGCAGCCAGCUCGCCAUCGAUUCUUGGAAGUUGCCAUGUUGCAAUAAAACAAUUUGCUCAUCAUGCCAUGCCAAGCUCAGUUUCCCGACGACCUGUCCCCUGUGCGAUCAUGACCCUCUCGAGGCUGAUUCAUGCAUGCCGAACAAGGCGCUGCGGAAUACAAUGCGCGUAUGGUUGCAGAAGCAGAAAAAGAAGGACGAUGCGAAGAGCACUCCCCAAAUCGAAACGCCCCCCGUGGACACUCCUACUGCGAGUGGCGGAGCGGAGGGUGCUGGACAGUCGGCUGAGCAACCCUCUGAAAGAGAUGAGAGCGUGCCGAGGGAGGUGACUGGUGGGGAUGUAGCUGUCGCUCCGAAUGGUGAAAACGGUGGAGAGAACAACCCCCCCAAAGUAUCUGUUCCACCCGCUUCAAAGGAGGGUUCAAUCGCUCCACAAACAGAUGAACAGGGAAAUAUCGAUGAUGGUCAGGUUCCGACUGGCCAUGCUGAGCUGGAGUCGACUGCGGUGCACGAGCCGUCACCAGCGAAAGGAAUGGAGAAACAGGGCGAAGGCAUGUAUGGGAAUGCCAUGCUCAGCAAUACGGGUGGGAUGAACGGGAUACCCAAUCAAUUCGGUUAUGGUUUCAAUAAUCAAGGAAACUACGGGAUGGGAUUCAAUGGCAUGAAUGCGAUGAGUGGCAUGCCCAACAUGAUGGGAAAUGCUGGCUGGAAUAACAUGGGUUCUAUGGACUAUAACAUGACCAUGUCAAAUAUGCCCAACAACAUGUACGGCGGCUUUGGAGGAAACAUGGGCAUGCCAGGAAUGAAUGACAUGUCUGGCAUGAACAUGAUGAAUUACGGGAGCGGAUAUGGGAAUUGGGGGCAAGGCAGUAUGAGUGGCUAUGAAAACUUCAACGGUUUCAAUCCGAUGGGUGGAUAUAAUCAAUCUGGAGCCCAAUAUCCCCAGAUGAUGAACCAGUUCCCCAAAAAUAAUUUCCAAAACCAGAAUCGUUUUUCUGCCAAUGGACCUGCAUUUUCCCAGCAGAAGAGCAUGAGGCGAGGCAGCAAUUUUGGCAACCAGAACAGCGGGCCUGGAUUCCAGCACGAUGUGCAGAACCGACCUGGGAGUCAAAACGGUCCACCACAGAACAAUGAUGAAGAGACGACCGUUCCGUCAGGUGAUGCCUCUGACGUCAAAGAAGGGCAAGCGAAACCUGAGGGUGCAACUGAUGCCGCUCAGGGAGGUAAGGCUGAUGAUGGUGGUGUGGUUGAGGCUGGCGCAUUGUCAUCUGCAGAAGCUACUGCUAAAGAUUCGAAGGAGUUGACCCAAACAGGAGACCAGUCGCAUGUCGUUUCGAAGGCAGACACUUUGAAUCCAAUUCAGACACUUGAUUCUGCAGAGAACCAGGGCACUUACCAGCAAGCGAUGAUGGCUGGUGUUGUUCAACCCAUAUCACCGCACCCGCAGGACAUGAUGGGCAACUUUCUGAAUCAGGGUCCAGGCAUGCAAAUGCCAUACGGAGGCAGCGCUAUGGAUUUCCGUCAUCACCACAAUAAUUAUAGCGGUGCUUAUGGCGCUGCGACUGUUCUUACCGGCGAACCUCGAGGGGUCGGUGUUGAAGGAGCGCCCACCGGGCCUCGAGCAAUGCGGGAAGGUCGGCCUAAUACCGGAUUCUCCAGUCGUAUUAGGAGUACGCAAUACAAUGCUCGUGCAGGCACACCCAGCGUCACUUCCGCUCAUGAGGCUGUGUCAAAGAGCCCAGCACGACGUGGUCGAUCGUACGUACACAACUCGAAUACAACAGGCCCUCCAACUGAUACCAGAUGCAGAAGCCCUGACCGUGACGAUUCCUUGCGAACAAAAGAGAAAUCGCCAUCGCGGUCCCGAUCUGGCUCGAGAACACGGGGAAAAGAGGAGGAUCGAAACGAAGAACAUGACCGCCGAGAACCAGAGGAGACGGAAUCGAGACAUAGGAGACACGGGAGAUCACCUACGCCCGUUGCCGACGACGAUGGAAGGCGCAAAGAGAAACGGUCCCAUCGGACCUCUCGCUACGAUGAACGAGCUAGUGGUCGGAGCGGACGGCACGACGAUUACGGUGAAAAUUACCGUGAGGAGAAAGAUGAUCGAAAUGACCGAACCCGAAGCGUGUCUAGGGAUUCGAAGUACCGUAGUCGUCGCGACAAGGAGAAGCAUCGAUCUUCGCGCUCACACCGCGAUCGAAGUCGUGAGCAUCGUCACCGUCAUCGCUCGCGCUCACGGUCCCCUGGCGAUGACGAAUACUACGAUGAGACCACUGAAGAAUCGGGUAGUCGGCGCAGACACCGAAGCGAUAAAGACAAACACAGGGAGCGCGAACGUGAAAGGUCCCGGGACAGGGACCGUGACAGAGAAAAGCGGGAACGUCGUGAUCGUGAUUAUGACCGAGAAUAUGAAAGAGAGAAAGACCGGACCCGGGACAAGGAGCGGGAUAGGAAGCGGUCCAGGCGAGAUCGUGAGGAGGAGGCAGAUGAAAGGGACUACGUAGAGGAGAAGUAUCGCGCCUCACGACGGAGUAGGAAGGACCGCGAUCGUGAAAGAGACCGUGAACAUGAAAAUGAUGAGCCGCAAAGUGCCGUCACCCCGGCUCGCGGCAUCUCACCGCCUCUGAACGCUCCAACAGGUCCAUCGGCUGAGAAAUCCGAAGGCUUCUCAAUCAAAGGAUUUAGCAAGACCAAGCGCGCCGAUUCAAUGAGUUCGAAGUCAAUGGCCCCUCCACCGAGCGGACCUCGGUCUUUCCAACCUCCCAAAGGUCCGGCUUUGGAUAGGGACCGGGACCACCGUGAUAGCAGAGACCAUCUGAGGAAGCCCAGCGGUAGCGGGUCUGCCGCCUCAACGCCCAUAUCCCCUUCGACGCAAGACCACUACGCCGCUGAACGCGAACGAAACGUCCGCGAACGCGUCGAUAAAGACCAACGAGACCGUGUCCUGCAAUCAAUCCACGGCCGCGCCACGGGUAGAUCGAAUUCCAUGCUUUCGUCAUCAGCCCGGCCUAGCCUGUCGAGUAAACGCAGCAGAGACGACAUCGAGGGCGAAGACACAGCUCAUUCGGAAAAACAGCAGAGUACCGAGGCCUCGUCGAAAAUCCCAACGGGCCCCUCUGCGCACAGGGAUAAGCGCCGCAAGAGUGGUGGCGAUAGUAACGCCAUCGCCAGCCUCUUCACACAGGGGCUGAGGAAGCACGCAAAGGGGAGUAGGCGGGGAGGGGUCAAGACCGAGGGAGAAGUUGAGAGGGAUUUGGAGAGGGCGGAAAGGGAGCGGGAGAAGAGGUGGUGA